UGUGAGAAAACGACACCUUCGAAUGCCACAGCCAUGAAGAUUGCUAUUCUUUGCCUCUUUGUAACAAUUGGUCUUGCCAGUGCGGCCCUCAAUAAAAGUACCGCAACGAAAAUCCUCGCCUUUGUCAACAACCCCAUCCAGCGGAAUAACGGCAUCGAUGGCGCCAUUAGGAACGCGCUAGGCGAGAAGAAGAAAUCCGGUGAACUGCCCGUGGCCGGUUAUAGUAUUGUCAAGUUCAGCGCCCCUACCUGUGGAUUCUCAAAUGGAAGAUCAUCCUGUACAGCCUCAACCACUGACCCAUUAACCGGGGCCACGGGAACCGGAAAGGGCCUUCAAAUAGGAACCGCACUCAAGGCCUCUCUCAUUAGCCUCUUUGCCAACAUAAAAGCCAUUGCGCAGAAGGUAUAAUGGAGCCAGAUGUUGGUGAUCGUCGGCUAUACGUCACGACGUUUCUUGCCCUAUGUACACUACUGGAGAACGAUAAUGUUUGAAUGUUUGCAAUGUAUCAGAAGACCACACAUUUAUCAAGACUUACCUAACAAUAACCGCUGAAUUCAAAACGAGUCUUCAUUGGCGCAUAGUGCAUUUACCCAUAUGUUUUAGAAUAUUGGCGCAAAUCUUUGUUAAAGCUAAUUAACAUACCAGUAGAUCACAUAAUUAUUACGUUUCUCUGCCCUUGACGCAAGGGCCCAACGCGCCGCGUAGCGGCAAAAAAGCGAAGCUGGCGAAACAUUUAUAACGGGUCACCGUCACUUAUUAUUGGACUUAUAGCGCAUUUACGGGGUUGCAACUAUUUUGCUUUAUAGUGUCACCAGGAAAGAAAAGCAUGCGACCUAACGCCGAUCUAUUUGUAUAAAGUGAUAAUUGGAAGGUAUAUAGUAGGAAAUAUCAAUAAAAUAAUCAUUCCAUGUCGUCUUUUGAGG